AUGGCUGCAACAACAAAUACCAAGAAGCAAGUCACAAAAAAUCGCGUGAAAAAGCCUGUAACGAAGCCAAAGAAAAGCGAGAAAUCAAGAAAAAAUAUUAAAGUUUCAUCUAAAUCUGUCAACUACACAUUAUGCAUUCCAACUACUAUCCUGUCCAACUGCAAAAACUUGAGUCAAGUAACGUACGCCGUUUACCAGGUUGCCAAAGCGGCCAUCAUGUUCAAUGUGGGGGAAAUUAUUGUUCUUGAUCUCGGAGACAAUGCCAACGCCAAAAAUUCGUCCACUAGCAAAGAAAAGCUUUCAGAUGCUAUGUUGAUCGCAUCUCUCCUACAGUUUUUUGUGACGCCACCUUACCUUGUGAACUCAAUUUUCAAAAAACAGUUUAGAACGUAUUACAAGGAGGCCUCCAAACUACCAAGGCUUACAGCAUUGCCGUUCGUGCGAUUCUUGGGCGAAGAUGAGGCUCGCUACAGGGAGGGCCUAGCUAUCAGGAUGGAGAAAGUGGCUAACGAUGCUGACAAGUCGAAAAAGACGAAAAAAGCAAAAGAAUUCAAACAGACCAAAUUCAUAAAUAUAGGAAAAGGCACGGUACUGGAGCUGAAGACCCAAUUGGUGCCCGUGAAUGUCCGAGUCACGGUUGACACUCUUGAGAAAAAAGUCGUCUCACCACAGGAGGCAUACGGGGACUUUGUUGGUGCCAAGGCCUCCUAUGGGUAUCACGUGAGAGUAGCGAAAUCCUUCGGAAGCAUUUUCACCGAGUGCUCCUAUCCACAAGGCUACACCCAAGCAGUCUACGUCAACAGCGGUGACUAUUACUACAACGAAAAGUUGAAAAAAUAUCACAAGCUGGAAACGAAGCUACCGUACGUCGAAAAAAUUAUCAAGCAGGCCCCCAAACCUCCCGCUGAGAUGCAUUCGGAAUCGAACCCGGUUGCCGACCCACUCGAGACCGCCCGUCCUGCUAACCUCUUGCUACUCUGCGGCAAAUGGGAUCACGUCAAGAAGAGCUUCGAGCGCUCGAAGGAUCAGUUCGAAGGCUGCGACGGACCCCAUCAGUUCUUUGACGCUCAACUCGAAUUACCCGGAGCCGUGCCCCAGGGUAACAUAACUAUUCCGGACAGCUGCAUGAUCUCCCUCUCCAUCAUAAGUGCUCUGUAG